UCCAAUCUCCACACGCCAAGCUCCGCAUUUAUAUCCACCACUCCUCAUCGGAUCACGAGCACCCUCGAUCGUAUGAACGCCGCACGAGACUAGCAACUGGAUCGAUCGGUGGCUGCAUAAAUCAUCCCUUGCGCUCGACCAAUCAAGGAGCAAUGCCUUGCUUGGCGCAAGAGUACCACGACAAGCUACCCGCCGCCAAUCACUACUGCAAGUCCCUGUCCUCCCUCAUCCGGGAGACCUACGCGCACUGCCAUGUACCCUGCGUCAGGAUCCCCGCCGGCGCCGGGUGGAGCUCCGGCCAGGACAGCGACGACGACAGCGCCCUCGACGACGCGCUCGACACCAAGCAGGUGAUCCUCAACGAGAUGAGGAACCGGCAGAUGAAGAGGCGGUCCAGGUGCAGCGUCGACUCGCCGACGCUGUCGAGCGCCUUCGCCUGGUCGUAUACCCCGCUCGACCCGAGAACCGUUCUUGAGAAGGUGUCAAGUCCCAAGAAGUGCUCCGUGGUGGCCGAGGAGGAGAAGGAGCAGGAUGAGGCAGCCGGUGACGGCGGCGACUGCGACGCGGACGACGAGAGCGAGGCGUUCUUCUCGGUGAAGAGCUUCUUCACGCGCAGCACGAGCCGGGCGGCGACCGUGGCGUCGUCGGCGGGCGUGGACCCGCUGCCACCGCUGCUGCGAUCGCCGGAGACGUGGGAGGGAUUCCGGGACUGCCAGGGGUGGCCGUUCGGGCUGUGCCGCCGGCCCGCCGUCCUCCCGCUGCCGCCGCUGCCCAGCACGCCGGUCGACUCGUGGAAAUGGCGCAAGAGCGUCAGCAGCCUCGCCGCGAGCCCAGCUCCUGCUUACAGCUACAAAACUACUACUAACACUUGUUAACAACGCUGUCCGUGUUAGCAACGCUGCUGAUAUGUGACGACGUUUACAAGUUUUCAGGUCUGAAAAUACAUCUUCUAUUCUCGUUGUUUCCUCUGUGGAUGGAUUUCUAGGUGUCCGUAUUCUGAAUAAUCAACUCACAUGUACUUUCAGACCUUAAAAAUUUAGGUCGUUUGAAAUGUUCUUUUUUUUGUCGAGAACGUAUUUGGAAUGUUGGAAUUUCUUGGAA